AGUUGUGUUGAUGCUUUUCGAUCGACAAACCGUAUUCUAAUUACCUACAAAAUAUCAUAUUUUAGACAUUUCGAGGAUAAUUUAGUAACUCCGAGUGGUUUUUUUAAUUCAAUUCGGUUUUAAUCAACUUGAUUAAACAUUAUUAAAAGCUCAAAUCAGCCGCAAACUAAAUAAAUUUGAAACUUCCAAAAACACAACAAUAAUUUUGACUAUAAAUAGAAUGCAAAGUUUAUUGCCCUUUAAUCAGUUGUUUUUGAGAGCUUGUUGAGUUUGACGUUUGCAAUGCUAUCAGAGCAUAUUGGAACUGGUAAACCACCAAUGGAUAAAGUUUUAAAACUAAUAAAAUUCAACAAUUGUCGGAUCCUUCGUAAUCAUAAGAUCAUAAAAGAGGAUUUAUGGGUUCGAAAUGGUAAAAUAAUCGACCCAGAGAAAAUAUUCUUCGAUGAGAAGAAACAAGCUCAUCUGCAAAUUGACUGUCACAAUGCAAUCAUCGCGCCGGGAUACAUUGAUUUACAAAUUAAUGGUGGCUACGGAGUCGAUUUUUCAUAUGAUGUGAAUACAGUUGAAGCUGGAAUAGUUAAAGUAUCUCAAGGUUUACUUGCUCAUGGUGUUACAAGUUUUUGUCCAACAUUAGUGACAUCACCAACCGAAACAUAUCAUCAAGUUUUACCUAAAAUAAAAAAAAGAGCUGGAGGAAAGCAUGGAGCGACUGUGCUUGGUGUUCAUGUCGAAGGUCCAUUCAUUUCAAUUGAGAAAAAAGGAGCACACCCAGCUCACUGCAUUCGUGAACUUGACGAAGGAUUCAAAACUGUUGAGGAAGUUUAUGGCGACUUAAGCAACAUUUCCAUCAUAACACUGGCGCCGGAGAAGCAAUGGGCGCCGGAAACAAUCGACGAGCUAGUGAAACGAGGCAUAACAGUCUCUCUUGGUCACUCUAUGGGUGACUUGAAGCAUGGAGAAACUGCUGUGCAACAUGGAGCCACUUUGAUAACACAUUUGUUCAAUGCAAUGCUGCCAUUCCAUCAUCGUGAUCCAGGUCUUGUUGGAUUGUUAGCUUCAAGUGAGAUUCCUGAAGGAAGAAAUGUUUUUUUCGGAAUUAUUUCUGAUGGAAUUCAUACGCAUGCUGCCGCUCUUAGAAUUGCUUAUCGAACUCAUCCAAAUGGAUUGAUUUUAGUCACUGAUGCUAUUUCUGCUAUGGGCUUGGAAGAAGGAAUGCAUCGAAUUGGUCAGUUUUCAAUUGAAGUUCGUGAUAAGAAAGGUUACAUUGCUGGAACGAAUACUCUUUGUGGAUCUAUUGCACCGAUGGAUGAAUGUGUGAGAAUCUUUAAAAGAGCCACAAACUGCUCACUUGAGUUUGCACUUGAAGCUGCUUCACUUCAUCCAGCAAAAUGUCUCGGAAUCUCUGAUCGUAAAGGAACACUCAAUUAUGGAACUGACGCAGAUUUAAUUUUGAUGGACGAUGACAUGAACAUUCAUUCAACGUGGAUUGCUGGUGAUUGUGUUUAUGAAAUAGACGAGCAUUCCAUGCCUAACGUGUCAACGCAAUCGGUUGAAAAUUACUUCUAAUGUUCAUUGAUAUAAUCUCGAUGAAUUUUAAUGAGCUGUUCAAAACAUUCUUAUUUCCUAUGUUUAUUGAAAUUAUACAAUGUUUCAUUAAAUAUUUUUAUUUUCUAGAAAAAUAAACUUUUAAUUCGAAUGCAAUUCAAUUUCAUUCGUUUCAUUCUUCUUGAGUUUAAUAACCAAGUAAUGUUCCAGAUACAUUUUGUGAUGCUUACA